AUGGAAAAUAUUCAAUUAAAUAUAACGACAAGUCAACACGUCUUCAGGAGAUCAAAAAUAUUCAAAUCAUUGAAGGACAUGACUGAAGCACAUCCAUCGCGUUAUUUUUAUGUGAACACUUUUAUGUGGGCGGCAUUGCAAACAAUUAAAAUGAAAAACAUUGCAAAGCAGCUUCGAAGCAUUUAUUUUCAAAUAUUUGCAUGCAAACUGAAGUCGAAUCAUUUAUGUUUUUCUAUCAGUUUAGUUCUCAAAGGGAUUCAGAAUGAUAAACUCAGCCUUGAGGUUUGUGAUUCUAGCGUUCUGUUGAGAAUAUUAAAAAGGCAAAAUCAGAUGCUUUGA